UGGCGAGGCCAUCGCUCUGGGGCUCUCACUGCCGGCUCCGGGCGCCAUGAGGAGCCUCCCGCCAGCCCGCCCGCCAGCCUGUCAGCCCGCCAGCCGCGUCUCUUGCCCUCGCUGCCCCUCCAUGUGCCCAGGCGCCGCCGCUCCGCCUCGGGCCGCCGCUCACCCCGGGGUCUAUGGAAGUGAUGGAAGGACCCCUCAACCUUGCUCACCAACAGAGCCGACGAGCAGACCGUUUGUUAGCUGCUGGGAAAUACGAAGAGGCCAUUUCUUGUCACAAAAAGGCUACAGCUUAUCUCUCUGAAGCCAUGAAGUUGACUCAGUCUGAGCAGGCUCACUUAUCACUGGAACUGCAACGGGACAGCCACAUGAAACAGCUUCUCCUCAUCCAGGAGAGGUGGAAGAGAGCAAAGCGGGAGGAGCGCUUGAAAGCGCAGCACAGCACAGACAGGGACGGAACUCCCCACCUGCAGGCAUCUCACAAGCCCUCUGAGGACGCAGAGGGCCAGAACCCUCUUCUUCCUCAGACACACAUCCCUUCCGCAGAGAAGCGCCUCCCUGAGCUUCAGGGGGUCCUUGACAGGGAUCCAGACACACUGCUGUAUUUACUUCAGCAAAAGAAUGAGCCAACAGAACCGUGUAUUGGAAGCAAAGCCCCAAAAGAUGAUAAAACAAUUAUAGAGGAGCAGGCAACCAAAAUUGCAGAUUUGAAGAGGCAUGUGGAAUUUCUUGUGGCUGAAAAUGAAAGAUUAAGGAAAGAAAAUAAGCAACUAAAGGCUGAGAAGGCCAGACUUCUGAAAGGUCCGACAGAGAAGGAGCUGGACGUUGAUGCCGACUUUGUAGAGAAGUCGGAGCUGUGGAGCUUGCCACCACACUCGGAAACUGCCACAGCCUCUUCAACCUGGCAGAAGUUUGCCUCAAACACUGGGAAAGCCAAGGACAUUCCAAUCCCUAAUCUUCCUCCUCUGGAUUUCCCAUCUCCAGAACUUCCUCUUAUGGAGCUCUCUGAGGACAUUCUGAAAGGAUUCAUGAAUGAUUAAAAUGGGAAGCCAUUGGAGAGGCUGGUGACACAGAUAAUCCAGAAAAGAAUACAAAGGGAAAGAAAGUCAUGCCCCAGAGGAUCCCAGAAAUGCUCCUUCAUCUGGUAUACUGUGGGAGGAGAGGCGGUGCCAGGACCUGGGAAAGUCACUGUGAAACAUCACUCAUCUUAUGACUAAAGCUCAUGUUUCCAACUGGGCAGACACUGAACUCUUGGAUGGAGGUUCGCUUUCUUAUGAUACAAACCAAAUGGCUACCUGGAAUAAUUUUUCAAACAGUUAUUUUUCUUAUCUUCAGGGUUAAAUGUAUAAAAGUAUGUCAUGUGUAAUUAAUCUAUAAUGCCAUAAAUGAUAAUGCAAAAGCUAAAUAUGGUGGCCUGAGAGGCUCACUUGUAUUUGGAACAUGCUUUCUAUCAUGCAUUGACUGUAUGCAUUUUAUGCACAUUUUGUUUGUUGAGAUACGGUGUGUAAGAUACACCCUUCCAGAUGGAACUGUAUGUGCCACAGUUUGCACUACUCAUAAUAUAAUGAUAACCUCAAGACUAUCAGGAGAAAUAUUUACAUUUCCAUUUUAUGAAGAAAGGAACCAAAUUAUUAGUUAUGCUUUUUAAAAAAAUUACCAGUUUACAUAAUUAAUCAGGGUGCAUUUUAAGUUCUAACUUUGUGUUAUAUGAUGCAUCAUUUGUAAAUUCGGAGGAACUCUCCUUUGUUCUGAAUGAUGCAUGUGUGAAAGUAAUGCUAGUUAGCAGUAUUUGAUUGUAAGAAAUCAAUAAAGUAAUUGUGUUUCA